CUGAAGUCUCUGCACAACAUUUCCCGUUGAAGAGUAUUGUAGGAAAGACAGCAACGAUGUUACGUUUAUUAUUGAUUCUUGCGGUUACUAGUUUGACUCUAGCAGUCCCACACGAGAAAUUGAUUGAGAAGCGUGACUUGCCCGUAUAUCACGUUUUGAAAGGACCAAUGACCUGGUACGAAGCAAAAGCUAGAUGUGAAGCAAAUGGAUGGGAACUCGCACAACCCAGAAAUCAGGCUCAAAUGGAUGCGAUGAUGCAAUUAUAUAUGAUAUAUGCAGGUUUUCAUUGGAUUGGUGUAACCGAUGUGGACGAAGAGAUGAAUUUCGUUUACUGCUCAGAUGGCAAAACAAUUACCUACAAGAACUGGGAUGAUGGCGAACCAAAUAAUGAAAAUGGAAUCGAGCACUGUGUUGAGGUCUGGAAAUUAGCGGGCAAAUGGAAUGACGUUGAUUGUAACAUAUCUCGAGCUAAUGCAUUUUGCGAGGAGCAUGGUCCCCACGGUGAUCCUCAUAUGAGGACAUUCGAUGAGCGUACUUAUAAUUUCCAAGGAAUAGGCUGGUACUAUCUUUUCAAGGACUGCAACGACAACCCUCGUUUUGAAGUCACAACCAAGUUUGAACCAAGAGAAGAUAGUACACCAGACCAAAUCAAAACGCGAACUAUUGCAGUCAACGUAACUGUUGGAAAUCAAUACGCAAUUAUUAAUGGACGUGAUGUUACUACAGGACGUACAGGUGGACAGGUGACUGACGCAAAAGUUAUAACAGUCCAGGAAGAAGAGAAGGAUAUUAAACUGCAUUUCACUUCAAAGGACACGACUUUCUCUUUAAAAUGGACCCUGAGAAAGCACGCAUUAGAUGUAUCCUUGUCUGGCUCUUUUUACAGCGGAAAGCUAUGCGGUCUCAUGGGUAAUGCAGAUGAUGAUCCCCGCAAUGACUUUCAGAAACCAGAUGGUAGUAUUGCCAAAAACGCUAUUGAAUUUGGUGAAAGCUGGAAAGUACUUAACAAAAAAUAAGACUAGGAAGCCAACAACUGACAAAUGGAUGGGCGUCGUAACAGCUUUAUUAGUUUUAACAUUUUAUGAUGGUGGGUUUUUUUUCGGGAAAUUAGUAAAUAUGUUUUAUUGCAUCUAUUGUGGUUAGUUUAAUAAAAAAGUAAGCAUAAAUGUAUCACAAAAA